AUGGGCCCAUCUCUCCAGCUCUAUGGACAUCAUGUUUUCUCCUUGCAGAUGAACGUCCUCACCCGGGUGAGCACCCUGACACAGACCCUGCGAGCCCUGGACAAGCUGUUCCUCCAGCCCCGGCACUGGCUGGGCUCCUGGGUGCGACAGGUGAGCAGCUCCAGGCAGGCAGUGGCGGGGCUGGUGAGCACGGUGGCGUUCUUCCUCUGCGAGGAGCUGCUGGGCCAGCACUUCGACAUGGUCCCUGAUGGGGUGGCCGAGCCCAUCGGGGACCUCUUCCUCUUCCCGCUGGCCUCGGGGGGCCCCGGCCUGUGGGGCGUGCACGCUGGUGUCUGCUGCAGUGAUGGGGAGAUCAUCCACCUGGAAGGCAGCUCGGGGACGUCCCCAUCGGGGAUUGUGGCCAAGCAUGGCAGGAGCCACCUACUGCGGACACGGGGCCCGGCCAAGGUGCUGCGGAGGAAGGGAGGGCUGGAUGCGGCCACCCUGCAGCACCAGGUCCAGGCAGCCAUGGACCAGGCAGUGGAGUAUGACGCCGUCACCUGCAGCUGUGUCCACUUCGCCCUCACCCUGCUGGGGCUGGGCCACCUCGCUGGCGCCAUGGUGGGUGCCACCACGCCAGGGGACCCCAACACCCGCUCCGGCCAAGCGUCACCACAGCCCAUCUUCUCUCCCAGGUGUCCCCAGCGCUGCAGUGAUGGAGGCGGCGACACGCAUGGGGGACCUCCUUCCCUGGGGCACCAGCGUUUCGCCGGCGGCUUUGGCAUUCCUCUUGUGUGGCAAUAA